ACCCCCUCAGGUGACCCUUACACUUCCCACAAAAGUUUAGCGUGAGUAAAGUAAAGCUUAGUCUGCGGUCUGAUAGUUGUGUCCAGACUUGCCUGGCAUCCUGAUCGAUCUAACGAGUGAGUUAACGAGGGUGGUCGAUCAGCUCCUGCUUCGCUUCGUGGCGGCAUUCUUAAAUUCCCUGCCACAAAUUAAAGAAACAGCUACAUAUCAAAGCCAUUCAAAUGAUGCAGAAGUCAGAGAUGGCAGGCGGUAGUAGUAGCCCCGGCUCCGUACUGCCAGGAAACCGCUCCACACCAGCUGCAGCUCUCUAUGACGCAGCAAUUGCGGGUUCAGUUGCCGCCCUAGACGAUUUGCUCAAACAAUAUGGGAAGGUAAUACUCCAUCGAGUUUCACUGACAUCAUUUGCAGAAUCUCCCCUGCACUUGGCUGCUCUUAUGGGCCACCUCAAGUUCUCGAAACGGCUCCUCGAGCUCAGACCCGAGCUUGCCUCAGAGCAGGACUCGGAGAAAUGCACCCCUCUCCACUUGGCAGCAGCAAAUGGCCACCACCAGAUCGUAAAGGAGCUGCUGAAAGCAAACGGAAAGGCCUGUCUCAUCCAAGACCAAGAGGGAAGGGUCCCGCUCCACUUGGCAGCCAUGAGAGGGCGGAUCCCGGUGGUCCAGGAGCUCUUGAAGUCGGCACUUGCGCAGGAGUCUGUGAAGAAGAAGGUCGAUGAUGGAGAUAGCAUUCUCCACCUGUGUGUGAAGUACAACCAUUUGGAGAUCCUCAAACUCGUGCUGAGUUCGACCGGUGAUGAUGGGGAGGUCCUGAAGAUGACCGAUUUCCAUGGCAACACUAUCUUGCACUUAGCUGUGAUGCUGAAGCAGAUAGAGAUGGUGAGAUUCUUGCUUGGGUUACCAAGAGUGAGGACAGAAGUAAUUAACAUCACGAACGGGAUGGAUUUCACAGUACUGGAUGUACUAAACCACUCCCCCAAAGACUUCAAGAGCCUGGAGAUUCGAGAAACCCUAGCUGCAGCCAGAGCCAGAGCUGGAGCUGGAGCUGCAGCUGAGACUGUUGUGCUUCGACCACGUCUAACCCGAGGUGCCGCAAAGAGGGAUGUAGAUGGAGCAGUAGAAGUACCUGCGGAGGCACAAGUCCCAGCCCCAAAGGCAUGGAAGACACGGGUGUGGCACUUUGUUAAGCAGAUCAUGGAAUACAGAGGGGAUUGGAUGAAUGACACAAGGGGGUCCCUGAUGACGGUGUCCAGCAUCAUCGCAACCUGCACCUUCCAGGCAGCGAUUGCACCCCCAGGUGGUGUAUGGCAGAACGACACCACUACGGCCAUAGGGGGUGCCUGCAGCAACAGCAGAGUGUGUGUUGCCGGGACCGCGGUGCUUGCUCACUACUACCCUGGCACGUACUUCGACUUCAUGAAGUACAGCAUGGUCUCAUUCCUCGGGUCACUUGUGGUCUUGUUCCUGGUCAUAAGUGGGUUCCCGCUGAACAACAAAUUCUGCCUAUGGUUCUUGUCACUAGUCAUGAGUGGAACAGUCGUCUUCCUUGGUUUCACCUUCUUCGCAGCCAUGACUCUGGUGGUCCCCGGUGGCAUUAUAGCCAGUUAUACCAAGUUCAAGAAUGAUUUAUACAUCGUGUGGGCAGUGACGGCAGGUAUUGUCGGCCUCUUCCUUUUCGCCCGCAUGUGGUCCUGGUUGGAGCGCUUCAAGAACAAAGAUGGCUGGACGUGGUUACUCGUAGUAGAUUCCUGCGCACACUGGAAAUCGCAUCGAGCUGAUUCCAGCGGCCGUGCUAGCAAGCCAGAACCAGAACCAUUAUGUUAAGAGUGGAGUAUCUACAGAUGAGUAUCUACAAUGGAAAUAUAUAUAACCUAUACCUAGCCAGGGAAGAAUUUAAGCGCAUAUAUAGGCCAAUAAUAUACAUGUAAUUCGUCACCGUAUUUUAAAUAUAUAUAUAUAUAUAUAUAUAUAUGCAUCUAGUACAAGAAUUAAAAAGGGCAUGGGAAGUCUUACUUGCAAGGAUUGAAAUUUGAGACUUCCCACAGACAUAUAUACACACGUAUAUAUGUACCAUAUUCCAAAGUAAUCCACACAUAAUUUCCAUUGUUAA